AUGACCGGACCAAACGUCACUUUCACCUCCACGCGAGGAUUCGUUGUUUCAGUCGUCGAGUGUACGCCUACGCCUGUCAUGAACCACACAAGCGCCACUGUUGCUUCGGCCAGCACCAACGUCAACGUCACCGGCACCGCGGGCGAUCUUACAGCCAUCAUCCCGGCCCAAGGGACUCCGACCUGGCCCAACACCACCACGACCGGCUGUGGAUUCCCGACUCUGGAGACACCGGCCGGAUUUAACGUCACCGGUGGCGGUCCAGCGACGUACGGCGACAAGACUACCAUCGUCCUGACCCAGACGCCGUCCAUCGUCACCGUCACCACCGUCCCCUCGAGCCUCGCGGCCACCGGCGCGUCUCGUCUCACCACCGCCCUCGCCACUCCAAGCGGUUGGACCAACGAGAUAGACUCGCCGUACGGAAGUUCGGUCGAGGCGGGCCGGAUUGCGAUCGGGACGGUCCUUGCCGUGUUUGGGUUCAUUGUCAUUUCGCUCGGAAUGUUGGGCAACUUUGGACCGUUCGGAACAUACACCAGACCCAUGCGCGAGAACCUGGCCGAAUGGGCACGCGGUCAUUAUCGUCAACUGUCGCUCCCGCGAUUCUGCGGCGGCAACCGUUGA